AUAGGCCACCGAGAACAGUUCUCAUCCAGCCACAGAUCUUCGCACAUCACCAUCAUGCUGGUCGUUAGAUUCAGAUCGCCUUGGCUUGUGGCCGUCGUGGUGGUGCUUCUGGUGGCACUCGUCUCCGCCGGAAAGUCGCGUCAUCGGUCGCGUGUCAAUUGCCCCACGAUCAAGCUGAAGCGGCAGUGGGGCGGCAAGCCAUCGUUGGGACUCCACUACCAGGUGCGUCCCAUCCGCUACGUGGUCAUCCAUCACACGGUCACCGGCGAGUGCAGCGGACUGGUCAAGUGCGCCGAGAUUCUGCAGAACAUGCAGGCCUAUCAUCAGAACGACCUGGAUUACCACGAUAUUAGUUACAACUUUCUGAUCGGCAGCGACGGAAUUGUAUACGAGGGCACUGGCUGGGGAUUACGAGGAGCCCACACCUAUGGAUACAAUGCCAAUGGCACGGGCAUAGCCUUUAUCGGCAACUUUGUGGACAAGCUGCCAACGGAUGCAGCUCUCCAGGCAGCCAAGGAUCUGCUGGCCUGCGGAGUGCAACAGGGGGAGUUGAGCGAGGAUUACGCCCUGAUAGCCGGCUCCCAGGUGAUCAGCACCCAGAGUCCCGGACUGACGCUAUACAACGAGAUCCAGGAGUGGCCGCACUGGCUCUCAAAUCCGUAAAUCGAAUACGAAGAAUUGCAGUUAGACGCCAGCAUAAACAACACAUCAGUUUAGUUAUGAAAAAACGCCAUAUAAAAUCCCUA